AGUUUGUCUUUCAGGAUCUUCUAGAACGUACAGCCGGGCUGCAUUGUUGUUCUUGAAGACCUGUUUGUGAUUUUUGAUCAAAGUUACCAUGCCGAACAUCAAACUUUUUAGUGGAACUUCGCACCCCGAUCUUGCCCAACGGAUUGUUGAUCGACUUGGAAUUGAGCUUGGCCGUGUUGUCACGAGAAAGUUUAGCAACCUGGAAACAUGUGUCGAAAUCCAGGAAUCUGUCCGAGGAGAAGACGUCUAUAUCGUCCAAAGCGGUUCCGGUGAGAUCAAUGAUAAUCUCAUGGAGUUGCUGAUCAUGAUUAACGCGUGCAAGAUUGCAUCCUCGUGCCGAGUGACAGCGGUUAUUCCCUGUUUCCCGUACGCUCGACAAGACAAAAAGGACAAAAGUCGUGCACCGAUAUCCGCCAAACUUGUGGCGAACAUGUUAUCCGUCGCUGGUGCUGACCACAUCAUAACCAUGGAUUUACACGCGUCGCAAAUUCAGGGUUUUUUCGAUAUUCCGGUUGAUAAUUUGUACGCUGAACCAGCGGUUUUGAAAUGGAUCAAAGAAAACAUUGAUGAAUGGCGGAAUUCGAUCAUCGUGUCGCCGGACGCAGGAGGAGCGAAAAGAGUUACUUCCAUAGCAGACAGACUGAAUGUUGAGUUCGCUCUUAUCCAUAAAGAGCGAAAAAAGGCGAAUGAAGUCGCGUCGAUGGUCUUGGUUGGAGACGUGAAAGACCGGAUAGCAAUUCUUGUUGAUGACAUGGCGGAUACGUGUGGAACCAUCUGCCACGCUGCUGAAAAGCUCAUGGAGGCCGGAGCGACGAAAGUGUACGCCAUUUUGACUCACGGCAUUUUUUCGGGUCCUGCGGUGUCUCGCAUCAACAAUGCGUGUUUUGAGGCUGUCGUAGUUACGAAUAGCAUUCCGCAAGACUUGCACAUGAAGGACUGUCCCAAGAUCCAGUGCAUAGACGUGUCGAUGAUAUUCGCCGAAGCCGUCCGUCGUACGCAUAACGGAGAAUCUGUUUCCUACCUCUUCUGUAAUGUGCCGUACUGA